AUGUGCUCUGUGAGGUGUAGAUACCUGAGUUUUGAAUGGUCGCACGCGUCUCGCUUCAUUAUUGCCGAUUAUGACUGUAGGGAAUGUGAAUCAAACGGUAAGGCAGCCAAGAUUUACAACAUUGGAGACGAGUAUGACGAUGACAUUCCUUCUGGACUGAAUUUCUCACCGCCUGGUAUGCAGACACAGGGUCUUCCCCUAACUGUAAAUGACCACGGUGACAGUGUCGAUGGACCAGUUGUGACGGUCUCACCACCACCGUCAUCGCCGCAUUCAUCAUCGUGCGAUGGUCUAGUCGAUCUCACAGCCCACAAUCGGCGUUGCUACCACCUCAGCAGUCGCCGUUUCGAGGACUGCUCGUCUUUCAAUUCCGUGCCACCGCAGGCAUCAUCCCCACUACCAUCAUCGCCACCACUACUAUCAUCGGUGAAUAAUGCUUCAGCCAGGAACGCGGGUGAACAAACGCCUGUGGGACGGAGCGAGGUGGAUCUGGCGUUCACCGAACCACAAAGUGGCUGUGAUAUAGGAGUUCCAGGCACCAGUACCCCUCUAGACCUCUCAAUGCAGUCUCAUACCGAUUCUUCCGAUAUCCAUUACUUUCACCACAUCGCCGACGGUAUCUCGUGCUCGAAGCGUUUGUUGGAGAGGGUGGAGAAGUUCCUUGAUGCUGCCAUUAAUCUCUUUGCCAACCCUUUGGACCUCUACACCGCCCCACAGAACAUCCUUUCCGAAGAGGACGCGACGGAAGCGGCUGCUGCAGCAUCGGCGGCGGUGCUGGCGAGGAGGUUGAGGGAGGUGAUGGCUACCGCGAAGAAGCAAGCUACUGAGGUGGGCGUGGCGGACUCCCCGACCAUACCUUUUGCUUUGUCCGAUUUUUAUCGGAGCUUGCCAUUGAGAGAACCGUCAUUCUCACUUGUCCUUCGUCACCUCCUUUGCCUUCCUGAGUGGCAGGCUCUAGCCUCUCUUCGCUACCCCACAGCCAGAGGCAAGGAGCUUGCUGAUCAGUUGGCCAUGAUAGACAAAGAUCUCACACGAUGCAAGCGAAAGGUAAGCCUUCGGUGUGAAUUGAUGUAUUCAGGUACGCACACACACACGCAGGAUGCGUCAUUGUGCACGCGUCUGACUUGUGCCGCCUUGAAACAAAUCAAUCUGAUGCAGCGACGAAGGGCGGCCAGCAGGCAGUCGGUGGCUCCGCAGACUGUCAAAUCACCGCCUCAAAUGUCACCAAAACCUCAACAACCACCGUUUCCCAAUACCUACACUGAUCCAAACACCUGCCCUCUUUCCCUCCUCAGUAUGGUCAUCGACCAGAAGGGCACGGAGCCCAGUUCCCCCUCUCAGGUGCUGCAAAUGUCACCACUCAGUGUGGACACUGGAACUCUGGCGGAAACAGCGAAAGUUUGCCCUCUCUCAGACCUUGGACCACGAGCAUGGACGGCCACGCCGCCUCCUCCGCCUCCGCUGCAGGCAUCGGGCUCCAUCACCAUGCGAAAUCGCUCUUUCAGUUUCCCCAAGCGUCUCGCCACCCCGCUGACCGCUCCCUCCAUCAAUCGACGCAAGGUGAAGACUCCUCUGCGCGCCGCCACCUCCGCUACUGGUGUAUGGCCGCCCAAACGCAGGCGCUCUGAGGUCUCCCUUUUGUCCUCCAGCGACCUUACAGCACGUCACGUGAAGGAAACUGCCCCCACGUUGUCGCGUCACGUGGCUCUCAUUAAUCAUGGUGGAAUUCACUCCCAUUACAUUGCGAGGAUAGCUCAUGCCAACAUCAAUAUAUGGGUUCUAAUAGCGAGUGUUUUCUUUUCUGACGCUCGCCUUGAAUCGGUACGUGUGAAAGGUAAGGUCCGAUGUGCCUCAGAGUCGGUAGACUCCUGCGAGGUCGCCUUUGACGUCUCCACCUCACCCCUGCGCCUUCGCGAGCAGCUGACAAUCCAGAUGAAGGACACUGCCGACCCACACCAAAGCGGCUCCUCUGCCCAUCACUCCGCUAAGGUGAGUUUGACUCAGACUCGUCCUCCAUUCUCGUCUCUACCAGCAGUUUCGGGUUUCGGCUGUGUGAGUAAUUUCGAUGUGACUCUCAAAUACGCGCAGAUAAGAAAACACCAUCCCAACCUAAAACUUGACGACCCACGAUUGGCGUAUGACUAUCGUCAAAGCGGUAUGAGGCUUUAUUAUAAACGUAUGGAAGAGAUGGGAGCCCUCGCUGCGACUACUGCCUCUCUCUCACCCUCCACCUCCUCGUUGGCCACGAUCGAUACGUCGUCGGUUUCUUCACAUCACCCGCCACAGCGGCGACCUCCACCACCGCAGCGGACGUCGAAGUCGUCAUUACGGCGACAGCGCAAAGCCUCCCUCGAGCACUUUGCUGCACCGCUGAUUGCCUACGACAAGGCUAAAUUAGACGAGGCGGAGGAGGAGGGGAUGGACGACGAACUCCUCCAACGACCUCCCACUCCCGAUCUCCGUCGCAUCGACUUAGACCUCUCCGACCUCUCAAAUGGGCUUCGCAUCCUCCUCAUCGAAGACACGCAUCUACGAGCCGGCACGCUUUACCUUGAAGACGCCUCAACAUCCUAUUCCAGUGAGAGAGACAACGCCCACGAUCGCCAAUGCCUCAUUCGUCUAGACCAGCCGGAGAAGGUUGAGUCUCCGCCGCCACUACGCCUAGCCCCUGGCACCAGCAGUAGCUGUGGGGUCGGUGGUAGCGGCGGAGCAAGUUUCUUCACCACCAGUGUCAAGCGUCGACGCCUCGGCGAGGUCCGACUCCAUGCGUGGCAAGUCCUCCAACAAGCCGUCCUCGAAGUGGUGCCCGCCUCGAUCCGCCAACUACCUCCGGGCACCCGCGUCUGUGCCGCUUGGAGCGACACCCUCGCCAUCAACCUCUACCCUGGAGUUAUCUCUGAAUAUCCAGACAAACCGCUACCAGCAGAUAACUGCCUCUGCAUUGAUUUUGACGACGGCGAUCACAGGGAGGUGCCCCUGCGGCACAUUCGCAUGCUACCCGACCACUUCGCUAACCUCAAUGAGUUGGGUCGGGCCUCAUGCACUCCUAUUGCUUGCGCCACUAACACAGACACCGUGGAGGUUCAUCGCAGCCAUACAUCGCCGCAGCUGUCGCCCGUCUCACCGAAGGGCAAGAGAAUGGUCUCCGUCACACAACGAAGUCGUCUUGUCAACGGAGGCACCUCCUCAUUGAAGGAGCCCUCGCCAGCUUGUUUUUUGAAUUCAGGAGGUAAUAAUUGGUUGAACAACUGGCCCAAAGACGAGGAGAAAGUGAAGCCUCCUCUGCGAGUUAUUUGGAAACCUCAUGGACGACUGCGAAAGCGAUACAACGGGAUGCCCUGCUACCGUUCGCUGAGGCGCAACAGGGACGGACUGGUGGUACGACUGGGUGACGUGGUGAAGUUCAACUCGGGUGGAAACGAUCAGGCCUACCUGGGUGAGAUCAAAAUCAUCUACGCACCGCGGCACAACGAACUCUCACCACUUGUUUGCGCUUCCUGGUUCUACUGUCCAGAAGAAGCAGGCGAGGAUGGUAAACGCGUUGCCAACUAUGAAGGUGCAGUGUUUGUAACCGACCACACGGAUGACAACGAGGCCACUUGCAUCAUCAACCGUGUUCAAAUAGCUCGCAACUACACGGAGUAUCGGCUUUCCAGGCAGGGGAAAUUUACUGAGCUGGCCAAGGAAAAUGAGAAGCAGGCGCCUCCAUGCGAGGAUGAGCCCACUUCUGUUGUGGACGAUAGCGAGGAGGGCGACUCGAGCUCAGAUGGAGAACUGCCCACCUACUUUAUAGCUGGCAAAUUUGACCCUCUCACAGGCCGCGUUCUCGCCUGGGACCCUGACCUCUCGACCGAGCUGCAUUUACAAGUGUCGACGUCUCCUCCACCCCCACAGUUACCAUCGUCACCACCAUCCCCAACGUCUCACGUACACUGA